AUGUCGCAUCUUGAGUUAUUGAUUUAUGUGCCAUUUGAUCUUGGUGCCUAUUCCGUGUUGCAUCACCGUAUUGCUUGCCUGGUUUCUACCCCUACCCUCUAUUGCGCUUCCGUCAACUACCUCUAUACAAGAACGCUUGUAUAUUUACGCUACUUAGCUCAUUGGACUUUAUUCUAUGCAAACUCUUCAAUAUAUUCCACCUCCCAUCUCCAAUAUCUGGUCGAAAGUCUCUCAUGCCUCCGAAUAUUUGUUCAUGCUGCCAAUAGUCUCCUAUUCGGCUUUGAGUCCGUUAACGACCUUGUUAAUCGGCUUUGUAAUCAAUUUCCUGUCGACCAGGUGCCACCCGGACCAGUGCUUUUGCUAAUGGCCAAAAUGGCUGUGGAGUGGGCGAAUUCAGGCACAGUUGGGCAUCUGUUAAGCAUGCCGGAGGAACUGCUACUUACCAUUCCGCAGACGAGUACAGAAAAUAAUGCUUGA